CUGUGAAAUGGUUGUCUUUCUCUUUUUAGUUAACGAACGCGUUUGUGCAUUUUUGAGUAUUUUGAGUUUGAGAUAAGUUUUUGAAAUCCAAAAGCGAUCUGGGAAGUUUACCAUUAAAGUCAAUCAAAUGUUUGGGUGUUAUCAUGUUGUUGGUGUCUAUAGUUGACAUGGCGCGUAAUAAUCUCGCUAUUGUGUGGAGCGGAGUGAGAUCGCAAGCGCUGGUUCUCCGACUACGAUGACCAUAAAGCAACAGCAAACAUGAUUGCCAAUUUGCCGCUGCUCUUCGCUAAUGGGAAUCCAACGGCAUUGUCAAAAAUCAGUGCCGACGAGUUAGAGAAGUUCAUAACAUUCAUGGUGACAUGUUCUUGGGGGCACGACACUGCGAAAGAUAUCCGAAAGCCUCCUUGGUGGCCAAAUGAUGUAGUAUUUACACAUCCUUUUGUUAAACCAAGCGAAGUACCAAAUGAUUGGGAAGCGAGGUUGAAGCAUUUAGUCAAAAGAUGCUACGAUUAUCAUAAGAGUGCUUUUCUUUUGGUUUUUUCCGCUCAGCUCGCCCGGUACCCGCGAAAGAGGCUAAGGUAUGUCGAUAACCGCGACCAUACGACUUCGCUGUAUUAUCGCCCUAGCAGUCGCCUUUUAGUAACCUUUAGGAAUGAGAACCUUUUCUAUGACAGAGAGACACCCUUAGACGAAAGUGAUCCACAAGUCAAAUCUGCCGAUAUUUAUCUUUGUGACAACUGUGACAGUCAUUUUGAUAACUUAGAAGUAUUAACAGCACAUGAAAGGCUAUGUAACAAUGAGAAUAUACCAUCAAGUACAUGUAGUGGAGGUUUACCUGAAUUUCUUUCAGCAUUGAAGCUACUGCCAGUAGGUGAAAAGUUUGAGGAUAGAAGUUCUAAGGGCAAUGAAGGUGAUUCUCGGCCCAAAAAUGCAAGAACUGCAGCCAAUAUUGAUAGAGGUCCUCCAUAUCCUUUUUCAUCUCUGGCUUACAUGAAAAAUGCUAAGAUAAAUGCUCAGAGGGACACCAGCUAUUCCAGAGACAGGAUAGAACGAUAUUGCUGUACCUCAACACCAAUUAGUAAAAAUGUAGUUAGUAAAAGCAAAAAUCAACAGUUCCCCAUCAGAUACAGGAGGCCUAUUGAUUAUUGGCAACGAAGGCAUGUGUUCCCUAAUCAGAGAAACAAAAAAAUACUCGAUCUCAAUAGCCAGUUAUUGCUUUUACAAUGCAGACCUCUGACAGUGGAUGUCUACAGAAUGUCAAUGGAGAAGAUUCAGGAAUAUAUUGAAAACUUGCAAAGGGAGUCUGAGAUGAAAUGUAAUGGAGACAAGGACAUAGUGUUUGUGGACGGGCUUGACACGGACCAAGCUAUUGAUGUAGAAAUGAAGAGUUGUGAUCCUCUCAAAAGAGUAGAUAACGAUUGUGAAGUGAUUGAUCUGUGCUCAGAUGAUGAAAGCCCCAUUGUUAAUGAGAAUUGUGAUCCAAGGGCUGGAGUGACUUGUGUGAUGAGGGGUGGGGCAGUAUUACGUAGGACAGCGGCAACACCACAAGCCCUUCCAGCAGAGCCUUGUGGUGCUCGCCAGCGUCCUCUCUCCUCCCUUAUACUGCAACCUCACCCUGUUAUAUUAAUAGCUCAUACUCUGAACAAUUUACAAACUAUAGCAUUAGAUUAAUGUAAUGUUUAAUGUAGUUACAUUAUGCUGACAAUUAUUUAUUAUCUUCCUGAUUAAAAUUUUAAUGUUCA